UUCUUAUUAUCUCUCUGUUGAGCUGUGUAUCGUGGAUUACAAAGUUCUUUGAAAACAAUCUCAGGCGACAUGAGGACCACUCACAUUGCAAAGUAUUGUCUGUUUGUGUCAUGUUAUAUUUUUUGGGUGGCUAGCGGACUAAUGAUUGCUGUAGGAUUGUAUGCUAAACUCAGUAGUGAGAAAAGUAUUGUGGAUUCUUUUGUCACAGACCCCUCUAUCAUACUGAUUGCGGUGGGAAUUCUAAUGUUUGCUAUAACCUUCAUAGGAUGCAUGGGAGCCCUCAGGGAUAUGCAUACACUACUUAAAAUUUUUGCCUACAUGCUGGUCAUAGUACUGAUUCUUCAGUUCGUGGCCGCAGUACUUGGUUUUAUGUUCUCUGGAAUGGUUCUAGAAAAAGCUGCAUCUGUGAUGACAAAAGCGAUAACUCGAUAUCGAGAUGAUCUGGACCUGCAAAACUUUAUUGAUUACAUUCAAAAGAAGUUUGAAUGCUGUGGUGUCAACGCCUAUACAGACUGGUCCCAAAAUAUUUACUUCUUCUGUGUAGAUAACAACCCAAGUCUGGAAAGUUGUGGGGUGCCCUAUUCUUGCUGCAUCAGGGAAAAAGGCGAGAAUGUCAUUAAUACAAUGUGUGGGUAUGAGACCCAAAGACUUAAACGGUGGGAUGCAGAGGAUCGUAUCUUUGUAGAUGGCUGUUUGGAUAAGAUUGUCAGUUGGGGUCGGGUGAACCUUCUAUUUCUUGGUGGCUUAGCCACAGGACUAAUUAUCCUAGAGCUUUUUAUCAUCUUUUUGGCAUUUGUUUUGAUCUAUGAGAUUAAUAUUGUGAUGAAAAGACGAAAGAGCACAGUUCCUAUGACAACAACACAAAAAAAGAUUGAUGGAGGUGAAAUGUUUCUGAGAGAAAUGGAGUGCAUAGAGAAAGAAUUUGAAAAUGAACUGGAGUACAUGGAGGUAGAGGAACGAGAGGAAACAUUUGUCAGACAACGGGGUUACAUGGCUGCCAUAGAAUGUGAAUACCAUGAACAAUCAUGAUACGAAAAGUGACUGAGCACCAACAGACCCUAAGGACAAAAAUUCCAAGUAGAAAAAUACAUGUAGUCUGGACAUUGUAUUUUGAGACUGCUUUUCUUGGAUGAUUAUUUAACUGUGAAUAAUAAGAAACAGAGACUGUGAAAACUGGCAAUAGGCUAUGAUCUGGUUACAGAUAUUAUGGUCCUGGAAAAGUUCAGCAUUUCAGAUGUGUGAAAAAGAAAUCUGGUUCUAUUGGUACUAUGAAUUUUAAUCUCUCGUCAAAGGAUCAGAGCUUGUGACAUAUGUGUUCUCCAGGAAACCAAUGUAUUGGCAUUGACAUGUGAAAUGUUAUUAAACAAAAAUAUUUCAUAAUUGAUGCUUCUGUUAUGAUAGAGUUGGGCCCUGGCAAGUUGAUUAUUCAUUACCACCUGCAUUCAUAACAGUUUGUGGUUCAUUACAAAUAUUGAAACAUUUUCUGGGCAAUUUAACACCGCUUGAUGCUUGUCAUUAAGAAGUGCUACUCUGCGUGCUUCUCAUUCUACUUUUUUGGGGGGGAAUUAUGUUUUAUCUGUGUGUAAAAGUGUAUGUU